GUGCGUGAACUGUUUAUUUCUCUUUCUUUUUCCUUUAACGGGAACCGCGUGACCGCCUCCGGGACCGAGAGGAUCCGGGACCCGAGCUCCGCAGAGACUGAAAGGCUUGUGAGGGACUCUGGGACAUGGCUUUGCCGGCUGAACCCUUGUGAUCGGACAUGGAGGCCUUCAGCUCAGCCAACGCCACGCCGGACGUCUUCCUCGGCCCUGCCCCCCCCGUGCUGCCCACGCCGCAGUUUGAGGGAGUGGACUUCCAGGAGGACCCCAUCAAGCUGCUGAGUGUGCAGGUGGUGUUGAUCUUGGCCUACAGCACCAUCAUCGUGCUGGGGGUUCUGGGUAAUUCUCUGGUCAUCUACGUCAUCUACCGCUUCAAGACACUCCGCACCGUCACCAACUUUUUCAUCGCCAACCUGGCUGUUGCCGACCUGCUGGUCAACACGCUGUGCCUCCCCUUCACGCUGGUCUACACGCUGCAGGGCGAGUGGAAGUUCGGCAGCACGCUCUGCUUCCUGCUGCCCUACGCCCAGGGCCUCGCCGUGCACGUCUCCACGGUGACGCUCAACGUCAUCGCCCUGGACCGCCACAGGUGCAUCGUGUACCACCUGGAGACCAGGAUGCGUAAGGACGUGUGCUUCGGGGUUAUUGCGCUGACCUGGGUGCUGAGCGCCGUGCUGGCCAGUCCUCUGGCCAUCUUCAGGGAGUACGGCUCCUUCAGCCUGGAGCCCGGACACGCCAUCCAGGUGUGCACGGAGAAGUGGCCCGGUAAGAGCACUGACGGCACCGUCUACAGCAUCUCCAUGCUGAUCCUCCAGUACUUCCUGCCGCUGUCCAUCAUCUCCUUCGCCUACUGCCGCAUCUGGUCCAAGCUGCGCGGCCACGUCGGCCCGGCGGAGACGGGCGGCGCCGGCGCCAACUCCGAGCGCCACCGCCGCCGCCGCAAGACCACCAAGAUGCUGGUGACCAUGGUGGUGGUGUUCGCCGUCAGCUGGCUGCCCUUCCACGCUUUCCAGCUGGCCACCGACAUCGACAGCUCGGUGCCCGACAUGCGCGACUUCCGCCUCCUCUACACCGUCUUCCACGUGGGCGCCAUGUGCUCCACCUUCGCCAACCCGCUGCUGUACGGCUGGAUGAACCGCAACUACCGCGCCGCCUUCCUCGCCGUCUUCAAGUGCCGCAGGGGCGGGGGGGAGAGGGGGAGGGGCGGCCGGCUGCACAGCAUCCUCCCCGUCGGCGGGGGAGGGGGGGAAGGAGGAGGGGGUGGAGGAGGAGGAGGUGACGGUGGGAGGGCGAAGAAGAUCGUGCUGGAAAGCCAGGACGUGGUGUCCACUCAGCUGAACACCACCGACGUGUGAGGGUGGAUGGUGAACCUCCAUGUCCCCCAGAGAGACAACA